GCAAUAACAAACCGAGAGUAUUUGCGUAAUUGGAAUGCAUUUUUGAAAGCUAAAUUGAAUAAAAGAUGCUUUCACUGAAUGUAAAAAGUGUGCUGCGUGCUUUAACAAGCAAUUGUGUGCGCCAGUUAAGUAAUCAACCCACGGAAAUUGUGAAAAAUACAGAGGAACCUGUUGAACUGCCACCUUUCACAGAAGAGCAACGCACCAAAAUCUUGGAUGCCAUUAACAAACACAGCGUUGAGCAGCUGCUAAGUUAUGAUAUAACAAAAUCGCGCGUCAACAAAUUGCAAAACUGGAAGGCCCGCAAUGGACCAAUGUCGCAACUUAACGACAUAUUCUAUGUGGAGGGCUUUGGCUUGAAGGUGGCCACAAAGUUUUUCCAGAGCCUGCUGCUGGAGCCGCACGCAAGUCGUGCCAGUAAAUCCGCGAAACCAUCACGCACAGCACCAUUCAUAACACCCACAAUGGAUGAGCAUCAACGGCAGCAAAUCACAUCGAGUGUCGGCGUUCGCAUCGGUGUGACCAGUGUUAGUUGGGCACGUCUAGAGUUGCCAGAGAGCAAGUAUUCGCCCUGUGUGCUCAGUCACUGGCAACAUCACGAGAUCAAUGACAAGAAACUGCAUUUAUCGGAGCUAGCGCGCCGUUGCAUCUAUGUGACACAUCAAAUCCCUGAAGCAGACUGCUAUAUAUUAGAGAAUCCACAAAUGGCUCAGGCCAGCAGCAAUCCGGGUAGCAUUGAUCAGCAGAAUGUAAACAUUCAAAAGGCUCAAGUUACCGCCAUGAUGAGCUAUGCGUUGAUGGCACGCGCAAAUCCAAAUGAUGCGAAAUCAAAUCUCUUUUAUUUGCGACGUUUUCUCACAGCACGUCUGUUUAAUCAUUUGGUGGGCACUGAGCGUGUGUCCUCGGAGGAUACCAUUCUGAACAUGAUGCGCACCCAUUACAAUAUGGAGGAGCAACCGGAGCACGACGAGAAAUUGUAUCUAUGCAGUCAAGUGCAGUUUCCCGCGAACUUACGCGCUAUGUACUCCAAAGUGGAGCGGUACCAGCGGGAACUUCUCAGCCAGGCCUUUCUGCUGAACUUGGCCUUUGUGCGUCUGGUGCUCCUGCAGGAUGCGUCCAGUAUAAGCACUGUUUCCCGAAGCUCUAAAAAAGCUGCCUACCGAUCAAGAAUUGGACUAAAAUAAUAGCAAUUAGUUGUUCAAAAUUCUUUAAUUAAGUAUUUACUUAGACAAAAAUCUUUUCAUUUUCCAUG